AUGGUUAGUAAUGGUCCAUACCCAUACAAUAUUUUUGGACCACAACCAUCGUUUGCAUAUUCUUCGACACCUGUUUUCCCGGGAUAUCUAAAUCCAUCAUCCAAUACUACAACUAAUGAUCAAAAUCGUAAAGCAACUGGACGACGGGAACGGACAACAUUUAAUCCUAUGCAACUUUUUUAUCUAGAAUCAGUGUUUAAGCAAACUCAUUAUCCAGAUGUUUAUCAUCGUGAGCAAAUUGCGGAAAAAAUUGGACUUCAAGAAUCUCGAAUUCAAGUAUGGUUUAAAAAUCGCCGAGCAAAAGAUCGACAGCAGAAACGGAUGAUGCAAGCGCGACAUAAUCAUGAUCGAUGUAGCAGUCAUACACCUCCACCAGAACCUAACAAAGGUGAAUCGAGUGCACAGAAGAGUAUUUCACCGCUUGUAAUCCCGGGUACUGCGGAAUUUAAUCUGAAAACUGCAAAUAGUUCUGGAAAUAUAGUGAAGGAAGAGUAUCCAUUGAGAGCGGUAUGUCAAACACAUACUGCAAAUUUAGCUGGUUGGUCGUCGGCGUAUUCAUUAGGUGCGCAACCUGCGGCUGCACAUAUACCUGGUGAAAGUCAUCCGCAUGCUGCAUGCGGAUUUAGUUUAAGUGGUACCGGCGCACCUCCAUACUAUCCAUACCAGAGUGAUAUUUAUAAUCCUUAUGCUCAAAGUAGCGCAGCUGCGGCAACCUAUUCGUAUCCGCCAAUGUUCAAUCCGCUCAGUAAUGAUUUACAAAGGCCUAGCUAG